AUGCGACAAUGGGCUCAAAACCUUUUUCAAAUUAUGCGAAUUUUCGCUCCUGGUGACUUGAUUAUUACAAUGGAUGAAAGCUGUACAGAGCAAGAUGUGGUGGUAGAUGAGGACGACCUGGAAAGGGAUAGCGAUGCUCUAGAAAACCUGCUCACUAGAAAUAAAAAGGGCCAGGUUACCGGGAUCUCUUUCCCCGAACGACUUGUCAUGAUUUCCAAUCAUCAGAUCUACGCAGAUUGGAUUUAUAUCUGGUUCUUGGCUUAUUUAUCCAAAGCCCAUGGUGCCUUAAAAAUCAUGUUAAAGCACAGCUUAAGUCAAGUCCCUAUUUACGGAACACUCGAACAAGAUAAAGAUAACAUCAUUCAUAAUUUGCAAGUUUCUAAAAAGAGAAAUCGACCAAUGUGGCUGGUUUUAUUCCCAGAAGGAACAGUUAUCUCGGAUGAUACAAGACUCAAGUCAAAAGAAUUUGCAGAUAAACUUCACAUGGAUGACUUUAAAUUUUCACUUUUACCGAGAACCACUGGAUUAUUACUCUGUAAAGAGACUUUGGGAGAUAGCGUAGAAUGGUUAUACGAUUUAACUGUGGGAUAUCCCGGUAUUCCCAUCGGAGAAAACCCCGAAGAUGUCAUGACAAUGCAGAGUAUCUUUUGUAAAGGCACCGGUCCUAAAAAGAUCCAUAUCCAUAUUCGUCGUUACCGUCUGGAUCAAAUACCCUCCGACACAGAAAAUUUUACAAAGUGGCUGCUGGAGCGUUGGACAGAAAAGGAUCGACGACUAGUGUAUUUUAACCAAUAUGGCACUUUCCCCGAAGAAUUCGCUUUAGGAGAAGAUACUGAUGAGCGCCUCUUUGAGAACGGUAGAACUUUCAAGAUACCCAUCGCUUUAAAACAUACCUUAUGGGAGUGUUGUGGUUUCUACCUUUACUUUUUUCUUUACAUACCUUUAAUCUACAUCAUUAUUUACACCAUGCGCACUGUUUAUGCAUCACUAAUUUAA